CGCAUGCGUAGAUACAAGUAACGUUCUAGAUGGCGCUUUUGUUUCCUUGUUGUACACAUAGAUCUUCUAUACGUCGUAGCAUUCAGUUGUAUGUUGUUACGUAUAUAAUACAAUUAUACGGAUCAUCGAAAAACAUGAAUUUGCGAAGACAUACACAAUUUCUUGCCAGAACGAUAUUUGUCAAGAACAAUGAUAUUGAAAAGGCAGUACGUACUAUGAAUCGUAUUCUUAAUGCUGAAGGUUUAUUCCAACAAUACAGGCUAACCAGAUAUUUCGAGAAACCAACAAGGACAAGGCGAAGAAUUAAUUUUGAAAGGUGUAAAGCUAUAUAUGACGAGGAUAUGACAAGAAAAAUACAAUUAUUAACAAGAACAGUUAGAGAAGAACCUUAUCCUGGUUGUUCUUAAAACUUGUUUUCUUUGUAAAUAUGUUUUACAAUCUCUCAUUAAAUCUUUGAAAGAAAAUACUUUCAUAGAUACAUUAGAUACAUUAUAAUAAAUAUAUUAAGAAAAGAACAGCUACCUCUUAUUAUCUAAAUGACUUAAUCUUCAUUUAAGAAAUUCAAAUUGCAAUUGCAAGAUAAUGUGAUCAUUUUCAUAUCACCAUUGAAUAUAAUUCUUCAGGAUCCUUUCAAAUACUUCACAGAUACAGGUAAUGUGUAAUUGUUCAAGCUAAAUUAACUGAGAUUCACAAAAUGCAUAUUUUAUCUGUGAAUUCUUUAUGUAAUAUAUUGUUUACUUUCCUUAAUAUUAUUCAAGUUAACAUGAUUAUGUUCAACAUUGAUACAUUUCUGUUUGAACAUUCUAAUAGUAUUUCAAAACCAAGAGAUAUUAAUAAAAAUUAAUAAAGAUUGUUAACUACAAUUCUGAGUCUAACAUUUUAAUAUAAUUCAUUGUCCCAUGAAGCUACAGGAUUUCAACUAAUAAUUUUGUACUCUUUGUUUCUUUUAUUCCUUAAUAUCAUCAUGUAAUAAAGUAUUUAAUUUUAAAUGAAUUAUGCUAUAAAACAAAAUGAAUAAAAUUCUAAUAAAUUAAUAAUA